AUGCCCGCCUCAUCGGAGCCGCUCCUUCCUCCGUCUGGGACGUCCGACUGGGGCACCGGCCGCCGCCUCAUUGUCGUCGUGUCUGCCGUGCUGUGUUGCCUCUUCAACGCCGGCCUCGCGUUUGGCUUCUCGGCCCUCCUGCCGGUGCUCAUCGACAGCGGCGCAUUCCACGACGUGUGCUCAUCAUCCAGCGCCGGCGGCGCCACCUGUCCCGAGCAGCUCGCCGCGCUCACCGGAAUGUUUACGCUGGCCACGUCCCUGCUGAACGUGUUUGCCCUCCCGUCGGGAGCGCUGCUCGACUGCCUUGGCCCGAAGAGGACCGCGGGAUGCCUGCUGCUGUGCUCGGCCGCGGGCUGCAUGCUCUUCGCGCAGGGAGGAGACGGCUCUCAAGGGCACAUCGCCUUUUAUGGCGGGUUUCUGCUCUUCGCCAUCAGUGGCCCCUCCAUGUUCAACUGCACCCUUUCCUUUUCGAAUUUCUUCCCGAAGCGGAAGGGGCUCAUCUGCGCCUGCUUGGUUGGCUGCUUUGACGCGUCGUCCUCCAUCUUUGUCGGACUCGCGAGCUUCAUCAGCGGCGGCGCCACCAUCAGAACCGUCUUCCAGAGCUACGCCGCCUGUCCCGCGAUCUUUGCCCUCCUCGCCCUCUCCCUCUGGCCCGCCGCGCCAGUCUCGGCGCCCUUUGAAGCCGUCGCCUCGACCGACGCGCCGAUCGGGUCCGACCUCUCACGCCGGGGCGUGAGGGCGCAGAUGCUGACCCUGGAGUUUGUCCUCUUGACCCUCACCGUCUGCGUGACGAUGAUUUGCAUCAACUUUUUCAUAGCCACAUCCUUGUCGCAGAUGACCGAGGCGAACCCGGACGCGGCAAUUCAGCUGACAAAGGCCUUCUCGAUCAUCCUCCCCUGCGGAGCUAUCGUCUACACGCCGGUGAUUGGAAGCCUCGUGGACCGCAUCGGCCCCACCAAAGGAUUCGUCGUGCUGUGGUUUGCUUACCUGGCCUUCCAGCUGCUCCUGGCCAUCCAUGCGGCCACCGGGUACACCGACGCGGCCUACGCCGCCUUUGUGAUCUUCGCCUACUGCCGGCCGCUCUUCUACACCCUCGGUGCGAGCUUCACCGGCGAGGUUUUCGGAUUUGGGAACUUUGGUACCCUCUACGGCACGGUCAACACCAUUGCGGGCUUGACCAACACCCUCAUGCAGCCGCUGAGCGGCAUCGCGACCACGCAAGGCUUUGGGGUGGCGAACAGCAUCGUAUCUGCGGCGUUCGUGGUCACGGCCGCGCUGCCUGCUUACUGCCUCUGCCGGGGCUCCGCCACCCAGGGAGUGCGGGCGUCGCUAACCGCCAGGGCCCAUAGCGUCGAUCUGGUCCACGAGUGA